AUGUUCUUCGCGAACCAUGCACCCUUCAUAGCAAAGCAAAGCCAGAAGUUAGGCCAUCUCCUUCGUAGCUUGAACAGAUCGCAGCGUCACAGUGCAAUCGAGGGCGGAUGGAAAACAAAUAUGGCAGCCAGACGGAGCAGUAAUAUAAGAGAAGAACCUACGCCCGGUCUGCAUUACAUAUCCAGAAGAUCUCCAGUCAUAUGCACACAUGGCGUGGCUGCAUCAAGCCAAAGUUUAGCCAGUGAAAUCGGACUACGGAUUCUUAAGGCUGGCGGAAAUGCCGCCGAUGCAGCAGUGGCGGUUGCUGCAGCAUUGAAUGUUGUUGAGCCAGGGAGCACUGGCAUCGGGGGUGACUGUUUCUGUUUGUUUUAUCAUGCAGAAUCCAAAAAGGUUAAAGCUAUGAAUUCAAGUGGUAGGUCACCACAUCGCCUCUCUAUAGAUCUUUUGAGGAAGAAUUUUGGCAUCUCAAAAGCAAGUGGUCAGAAUGCCUUACCUCAUGAUUCUGUGCACUGCAUCACAGUUCCUGGUGCUGCUGCUGGAUGGAUUGGCUGUGUUGAGAAAUUCGGGAAUGGAAAAUUGACACUGUCUAAGAUAUUGCAGCCUGCAGUUGAUUUGGCAGAGGAAGGGUUCCCUGUUCAUCCUAUAGCUGCCCAUGCAUGGAAGUCUGGUGAAGAUUUACUAAAGUCAUGGAGUAAAUCCUACUACCCUGAUCUACUCAUAGAUGGAAAAGCACCUUCAGUGGGACAAAUUUUCAAAAAUCCUUCUUUAGCAGAGACAUUCAGAGACAUCGGUACCCAGGGUAAAAAAGGGUUCUAUGAGGGACGGGUUGCUCAAGCCAUUGUUGAUAUAGUUCAAGAAAAUGGAGGACUAUUAACACUGGAAGACUUGAAUAGCCAUUUCAACACAUUUGAAGACCCAAUAAGUACAACAUAUAGAGGCAUCGAAGUAUGGGAAAUACCACCAAAUGGACAAGGCAUUGUUGCUCUGAUGGCAUUGAAUAUCCUGGAAGGAUUCGAUUUAGGAGGAAUGGAACACAAUUCUGCAGAGUAUCUGCAUUUGCUGAUCGAGGCAUUGCAACUGGCCUUUGCCGAUGGGCUUCAGUAUGUUGCAGACCCUGAAGUUUCAAAAGUAUGCACAAAACAGUUGUUAUCUAAAAAUUAUGCCGAAAAAAGAAGAGCUUUGAUUCAUAGUCAGAGAGCAGUGAAGCACUACCACUUCGGAGACCCGAACAUUGGGAAUGAUACUGUUUACUUUUCGGUUGUCGAUGAAGAUGGCAAUGCUUGCUCAUUCAUUAACAGCAUCUUCAUGAAUUUCGGUUCCGGACUGGUCCCAGAAGGUUGCGGUUUUGCUUUACAGAACCGUGGCGCAAAUUUUUCAUUAGAUCCAAACCACGCAAACUGUUUGGAGCCUGGCAAGCGAAGUUACCACACCAUAAUACCUGGAAUGGCAACUUACUCUGAUACACAAGAGUUAUUCUCUUGCUUUGGAGUGAUGGGAGGUUUCAUGCAGCCACAGGGACAUGUCCAGGUUUUGUGCAAUAUGAUUGACUUCAGCAUGGAUCCUCAAACAGCAUUGGACAUGCCUCGAUUUUGUGUUGGCACUGGACACCGAAGCGCGGUUGGGUCAAUUUCAAUUGAACAGGGCAUUCCUGAAAAGGUUAUUGAGGAUUUAGAGAAGUUUGGACAUGUGAUCACAGGGCCAGUCUGUGGCUAUGAUCGUAGUUUAUUCGGGAAAGGACAAAUCAUUCAACAGAGGAAAGACAAAAGUGGUCAAAUUGUUCUGUGGGCUGGUUCGGAUCCAAGGGGUGAUGGAUGUGCCAUUGGCUAUUAAGACACUUAUCAUCGGAUCUCUUACGCGAGAUUUUGGUUAAGAUAUAUAGAUUAAGGCUUUUUCAUUCACUUCUCUCUUACAGCUGAUUACGCAAAUCCACGUUGUUGACGUACUUAAAAAAUGAUCACUUCUCACUUUUAUCCAUAAUACUUUUUUAGGAUAAAAGCAGUAAUUUUUUUACUUGCUGAAUAUAUCCACGCAGAACAUUUAGGCUAUAAUCGAUAUUACAAAAAAUGACACAAUUGUUAAUGGUGUUUUAUAAUUCUUAAUGACACAAUUCUUAUUUAAUAGUGGUGUUUUUAUUAAAAAGAGGUAAGGUCAAUAACCAACCAUCGUAAUUUACGUUUGAGGCUGAUGGCCUUAUUCCCUACAUGUCCGGGGCAGCAAAGUGUUCGGCUUCACAUACAAACUUCUGUGCCAAUUCUUUUUAACUUCCAUGCCAAUAAAGCAGUAUCAGUUUCUGAUUGAAUUCUUUCUAAUAUACGCUUAUUCUCGCCUCUGUAUAUUCUUUGCUCGGCUCUGAAUUCUUUGUAAACGCUUAUUCUCGGCUCUGUAUAUCCAUAUUUUUAAAAUUGGGCUUUGCAUAUGUGUAUAUAAAUAUAAUGAUGUUAUGAUAUUCUCUUACCAUUA